AUGGUCGACUCAGACUUUGUACCUACAAUUACGGAAUCGAGGAUCUUAAUCCUACUUGUUAUCAUUCUUGUUAUCUUUCGGGCGAUCAGUUUGUAUUUACAAAAACAAGCAAAUAAUGUCGCCUCAGCAUUGACAAAAAAUGUUACUAUUAUUGUACUGGGAGAUAUUGGGAGAUCUCCGAGAAUGCAAUAUCAUGCUUUAAGCUUUGCUCAAAAUGGCUGGACAGUAGACUUAGUAGGAUAUGAUGGUUCUGAACCCCUUAUUUCCAUAACAAACAAUCCAAAUAUUAAUAUUCAUUACUUGUCUCAUCCAUGGCAGCUACCGGAUAAAUUAUCAAAAUUGUUAUUUUUGGUGUACGCCCCGAUCAAAGUAUACGCACAGCUUUUGCUCUUAUAUUGGAUUUUAUUCGCAAAGAUAAAUCGACCAAAUUGUAUACUAGUACAGAAUCCGCCUUCAAUUCCAACAUUAAUGAUUGCCCAGUUUGUUUGUUGGGCACGGCAAACGAAUUUGAUAAUCGAUUGGCAUAAUUUUGGGUUCACCAUUCUUGGAAUGCGAUUAGGUCACAAUAGUCGUAUUGUCAAAAUUGCAAAAUGGUAUGAGAAAUUAUAUGGUGCGCGUGCACAUGCACAUUUAACCGUUACUGCUGCCAUGCAUCGUGAAUUGAUGUAUAAAUGGGAGGUUCAAGGGGCUAUAUCCACCCUGUAUGACCGGCCACAAUCACAUUUCAAACAAUUGGAUUUAGAAGAGAUCCAUGAGUUUCUUACUAAGUUUAAUUUGGAAGAAAUCAUCUCUAAGCAAUCAAUUGGUUUCGACUUUCUACCAUCCUCAUCUGCUACGUCGACCCUAUUGACUACCAAACCUUCACCAACUGCUCCCGCAAAAUACCGCAGUGACCGUCCUGCAUUAAUAGUUAGUAGCACAAGUUGGACUGCAGAUGAGGACUUUUCAAUAUUAUUAAAAGCGGCAAAGCGAUAUGACCAAGCCACGGAUAAGCUUUCCCAAAAGUUUCCCAAGUUGGUUUUUAUCAUAACAGGUAAAGGACCCCUAAAGGAUAUGUACGAACAGGAAAUCAGCAAAUUGUCAUUGAAAAAUGUGAGAAUAGUGACAGCAUGGCUACCUGCGGAAGACUAUCCUUUGAUACUAGGAUGUGCUGACUUAGGAAUUUCCCUUCAUAAAUCCUCUUCGGGAAUGGACCUGCCAAUGAAAGUAGUUGAUAUGUUUGGAUGUGGGCUACCUGUCUCUCAUUUGACUCGUCCUAGUAUUGGUGAAUUAGUGCAACAUAACAAAAAUGGCCUAAUAUUCAACAAUGAAGAAGAAUUGGCAAGGCAACUAACUGAACUAUUUACUGAUUAUCCUGCAAACGCAUCAAAAAUUAAAUCAAUGCGUAAACAUGUGAACGAGUUUCAAAAAGAACGAUGGGAUGCAAACUGGAAUCGUGUUGUUUUACCUUU